AGAAGCUCUUGUGUAUCUCAAAUACCUUAAUAUCUCUUUCAAUGAACUCAGUGGAGAAAUCCCCACUGGUGGUCCCUUUGCAAAUGUCACCAGUCAAUCUUUCUUGUCCAAUGAUGCACUUUGUGGUGACUCCCGAUUUAACGUAAAAUCAUGCCUAACCAAAUCUACAAAGAAGUCAAGAAGAAAAGGAGUGCUUACAGGUUUAUAUAUUCUAUUAGGGAUUGGAUCACUCUUCACGUUGGCUGUUGGAUUUGUGGUGUUAAGAUUGAGAAACACAAAGAAGAGUGCAAGUCAAAAAGAUGUGUCUCUCAUAAAAGGGCAUGAAAGAAUUUCAUAUUAUGAACUUGAACAGGCAACAGAAGGAUUCAACGAAACCAACUUGCUUGGUAAUGGGAGUUUCAGCAUGGUUUAUAAAGGGAUACUUAAAGAUGGUAUCAUUUUUGCAGCAAAGGUAUUCAAUGUGCAAUUGGAGGGUGCAUUCAAAAGUUUUGACAAAGAAUGUGAGAUACUCCGGAGCCUUCGACACAGAAAUCUGACUAAAGUCAUCACUAGCUGCUCAAAUCUUGAUUUCAAGGCCCUAGUGUUGGAAUACAUGCCUAAUGGGACACUUGAAAAAUGGUUAUACUCGCACAACUUGUUCUUGAGCUUUUUGCAGAGACUGGAUAUAAUGAUAGAUGUUGCAUCUGCAAUGGACUAUCUCCACAAUGGCUAUUCAACACCUGUGGUGCAUUGUGACUUGAAGCCAAGCAAUGUCUUGCUAGAUCAAGAAAUGGUUGCUCAUGUAAGUGAUUUUGGCAUUGCAAAAUUGUUAGGUGCAGAGGAGGCUUUUGUUCAAACAAAGACAAUUGCAACCAUUGGAUAUAUUGCUCCAGAGUAUGGACAAGAUGGCAUAGUAUCCACGAGUUGUGAUGUUUAUAGUUUUGGCAUCCUGAUGAUGGAGACAUUCACACGAACAAGACCAAGUGAUGAAAUAUUUACUGGAGACAUGAGCAUACAAAGUUGGGUUAGUGAUUCAUUCCCAAGUGGAAUUCAUAAAGUGGUGGAUUCUAAUUUGAUACAGCCAGGGGAUGAACAAAUCGAUGCAAAGAUGCCAUGUUUGUUAUCAAUCAUGGAACUAGCUUUGAGCUGCACUUUAGUGACACCCAAUACAAGAAUUAGCAUGGAAUAUUCUCUUUCAACGCUGAAAAAGAUUAGGCUCCAGUUUGUCAAUAGUCAGCACUAGGUGGAAUUAGGCAGGCUACUUAACCUAUGUCAGUUAGGUUAAGAUUUCAAUUCUGCACAAGUACUUAAGUUUGUUUAAUCAUGGUUGUUGGGGGAAACUCAUUUCUUUAUAUAUGUAUUUCUGAUGAUGUAUGGAAGUCGAAAAUGCAGUCUACUCAAGUUGGACCUUGUUAGAUGCAUUAUUUUGGACCUUGUUUGUCACAAGCUGCAUUCCAGUUUGUUUCCCACAAGAAAUUGUGUCCCAUUAGUAUUAGAAAUAACAUCGGAAUAUGCACUGCUAUUUGAGCCACCAGAAUU